GAGCAAGGAAUUGUGUCCGCAGAAGAGUGGGACGCGUUCAUUGAAGUUCUGCGAAAGCCAUUACCCGCGGCUUUCAGGAUCAAUUCAAGUAGCCAGUUUUGUGUGGAUAUCCGGUCGCAGUUGGAGAAUGACUUUAUGAAAUCUCUUCGGUCUGAGGGUAGUGAUGGAAGUGAAGUGGAGCCAAUAAGACCAUUGCCUUGGUAUCCUGAGAAUUUUGCUUGGCAAUCAAAUUUUUCUCGGAUGCAACUGAGGAAGAACCAAACCCUUGAGAGGUUUCAUGAAUUCCUGAAGCUAGAGAAUGAAAUUGGAAACAUCACAAGGCAGGAGGCUGUCAGCAUGGUUCCUCCACUGUUCCUGGAUGUACGCCCGGAUCAUUUUGUUCUUGAUAUGUGUGCAGCUCCAGGCUCAAAAACAUUUCAGUUACUUGAAAUGAUACACCGGUCAACAGAACCUGGUUCAUUACCUUGUGGAAUGGUGAUAGCAAAUGAUGCUGAUGUUCAAAGGUGUAAUCUGCUUAUCCACCAAACAAAGAGAAUGUGCACUGCCAACUUGAUAGUCACAAAUCAUGAGGCACAACACUUCCCUAGCUGCCGUUUGAAUAAGAAUCAUGCUAAUGCUUCUGAGAUGGGAAUUGUAAAGGAGCCUGAUAUUAGUCAACUUCUGUUUGAUCGUGUCAUGUGCGAUGUUCCGUGCAGUGGGGAUGGUACUCUUAGGAAGGCGCCUGAUAUUUGGAGAAAAUGGGCUACUGGAAUGGGCAAUGGUCUUCAUGGUCUACAAGUCCAGAUAGCAAUGAGAGGUGUGUCUACUUUGGGUUUUUAUCUGUCAACCAUUCUCUGCGGAGGUUAAAACGCUGAACAAGUAGCUCAGAUCUUUAUUGCCUCUCUGCCUGGGAGAAAUCAGCUUUUGAAAAGCUUAUAUAUGGCUUGACCAUGUCUUUCCCAAAGUUAACAAGUUUAUCUAGAUCUUUGCUGAGAGAGGAAAUGUGCUUGGUUCAAUCACUCUGUGGCACAAGGGAUUGCACUGAGAAUAGAAUGCAAUUUGCUGAAAAAAUGUCUUAGAGAUCCAACUCUGGUGUCAUGAAGGACAGUCCUGUCUUUGCUUAGCAUACUUUGGCGCCUUGAAAUUGCCUACGAUACCAUGACUAAUAGGUCCAAUUGUGUGUUUUAGAUGUUGAACCAUCUACUCACACAUAUGUGGGCUUACCAAGCUGAGCUCAUAACCUCUUUCUUUCAUUCAUCAAUUUCCCUCUAGUUGGUCACCUUUUUGGAUGGGAAUUGAUUAGUGGAAGUCCUAAAAGUGAUUUCUCCCGUCACACGUCAGAUCAAGAGUAAGGGUAGUUUGUCAAGCUGGUGUAGUGUAUUUCUACCCAUAGAACGAUUUGUUGGUUUUUUUGGCCGGCUGUUCAUCUUUGUCAACCUUAUGAAGGACGUAUAGGUUUGCCUACUUGACCUAUAAAAUAUAAGGAGGAUGGGUAAUUUAAAAAACAAGAUGUGCCACGUAGCCAUACACUAGUAGAGGUUAGCGGCUGAGUUUGCUAAGGCCUACCCUUCCAAAUUAUUGUAUAGUAGCGCAUAGUGUGGUAGGCGAGCAACUUGGUGACGCUGCUUAGGAUUAUGGAUAGAUAGCAUCAGUGCAUAGCAUUCUUUGUGCUGAGAGUAGGGGGCAACACCAUACCAACAUCAAAGAACUUCUGUUCACUGACUCUCUAUGGUGUUGCCUUUUGCUCCCCUACUAAACGGUAAAAGUCACGUAUUGUGUUCCUUUUAUCCUCCAUAAAUAGUUAGGUCUGAUCUAGUAUUUGGCCUUGCAACCAAUUCAGGCUUCAACCUGAUUUCUUAUUUUUUAAACUAGGAAAGCCAAUCACAGAUUUCUAGUUUGCAAUAGAACCAUUGUUGUGCAUUCAGAGUGAGGUUCUGAAAAUAGGCCCAUACAUAAUGGUAUCAAUGGCCACUGUUCAUGUUGCUAUCUGUUACAAU